CCGGGCCGGGCCGGUGGCUCUUCCCCGCAGCGCCGGGACAGCGGCACUGAGGCUGCGGCCCCGCCAUGGCUCCCGGCUCCGAGCAGCUCUUCGACUCCCUGGGUCACUUCGGCAGAUUUCAAGCAUGUGUGUAUUUUGCAUCUGUCUUUCAAGCUAUGUCGUGUGGCAUCCAUUACUUAGCAUCUGUGUUCAUGGCUGUUACACCUAACUUUGUAUGUGGGAUCCCUGGAAAUGUGAGUAGCGUUCUCUUCUACAACUCCUCUAAAGCAAGUCUAGAGGACAUCUGGACAACGUGGACAUCAACAGAAAAUUACAUUGUAGCCCAGCUGGAAAAUGGAGAAAUCUGGGAACUUAAUCAAUGCAGCAAGUCCAAACGAGAAGUCAGUUUUGACUUAGCAUAUGAAUAUAAAGGCAACAAGUCCAUAUUUUCUUGUUCUGAUGGAUUUCUUUAUGACGAUACAAAAUGGAAGAGCACUGUUGUUACGCAGUGGGAUCUGGUCUGUGACCGAGAAUGGUUGGCAAAAUUAAUCCAGCCUACGUUCAUGCUUGGAGUCUUGGUUGGAGCGGUGAUUUUUGGUGACAUUGCUGACAGACUGGGAAGACAGCGCGUUAUGUGGUUCACAAGUGCUGGUCAGUUUGUAUUUGGCAUCACAGUGGCAUUCACGUUUGACUACUACAGCUUCGUGAUUGUUCGCUUUCUCCUUGCUAUGGUUUCAAGUGGCUAUCUGGUUGUGGCUUUUGUUUAUGUGACUGAAUUUGUUGGCAUUAAAGCACGAACCUGGGCUUCUAUGCAUGUCCAUGCUUUUUUUGCUUUGGGAAUUAUGGUUGUGGCACUCGUGGGAUUUUUGGUUCGGACCUGGUGGGUGUAUCAGAUAUUUCUCUCCAUAGCAACUCUUCCCUUUGUCUUGUGCUGCUGGAUGCUUCCAGAAACACCUUUGUGGCUGCUAUCAGAGAAAAGAUAUGAAGAUGCACAAAAAGUAAUCAAUAUAAUGGCAAGGUGGAACAAAGUAAGCACUUCCUGCAAAGUGUCUGAACUGUGCUCAGUCCAACAAGAUGACCCAGGCACUGACAGAACAAGUGGCAAUGGUGCAUCCUCAACCAAGAAGCACACCAUCUUAGAUCUGUUUUGUAAUUGGUACAUUGCAAGAAGGACCAUCACGAUCUGGCUGGUCUGGUUCACUGGGAGCCUGGGGUACUACGUCUUCUCCCUGAGUUCUGUCAAUCUAGGAGGCAAUGAAUAUUUAAAUCUGUUUCUCAUAGGUGCUGUGGAGUUGCCUUGCUAUAUCAUUGCUUGCAUUGGGAUGGACAAACUGGGAAGGAGAAACACACUCAUUCCGUUCCUUAUUUUAAGUGCACUGAUCUGUGUUUUAAUUAUGUUCAUACCUCAGGACUUUAAUGUGUUAAUUAUCUUGGCAAACAUGGCUGGAAAAUUUUCAAUAGGUGUGGCAUUUGGCCUUAUAUACCUCUACACAGCAGAACUGUAUCCAACAAUUGUAAGAUCGCUUGCUGUUGGAAGUGGGAGCAUGAUGUGCCGUGUAGGCAGUGUGGUUGCUCCUUUCUGUGUGUAUCUGAGAAGUGUUUGGAUUUUCUUGCCACUUUUGCUUGUUGGAAUCAUGGCUCUUCUGAGUGGAAUAUUAACAUUAAUGCUUCCAGAGACACUUGGAAAACCUUUGACUAAUACUUUGGAGGAAGCUACAGAAAUGGGAAGAAAGAAGGAAAACUGCUCAGGAAAGACUCCUCCAGCAGACAGUGGUGCAGCAUUAGAAAAGAUAGAGAUGUUUGGUCAAGAAACAGUCAGCACUGAGAAAUAAAGCAAGAUCAAAAUGGCUGUUCCCAGUUUUAACAAAUAUAUAAUUUAUAGGUUAUUUUAUUCAAGAGAAGACUGUUCUAUAAUAUCUGUGCCUUUAAAUUUGUAUCACAUCUUGCCUUUUUGACAGAGCAAGAGUAUGAAACCUUUUCCACUUGACUGCAGAAAAUUUGAUGAGAUUUCUAGAUCCCUUCUCAAACUUAUUUUGCCUUUAGAAAACCUGUCUGACUUGCUGUGACCAGUUGGAGUGAUUAUUUUAGUUCUGUAACAUAACUGAUUACAUAUAUGUAAAAAAAGUGCCAAUUCUUUGGAUUUUCUGUGGUUAGACUUGUAAACCCACCACAAUGUGUCUUGUCUUUUUGCAGUCAUCAGUUACAGACUCGAGAAUUCAAUACAUAGUGAAGUCAAACUCACAGUUAUAAUUCAAGAGAGAAGCCUUAACCUCAUCGGGUCAUACUAAUAAUUUCAAACUUAAACUAUUUUUUUUUUCUUUUCAAAACUGCUUCCAGAAAAGUUAUCUUUUCUAACAAAAGUAUUCUGUGGAAUAGCUUCUGACUGAAAAAAUAAUAUUAAUUUUGCAAAAUGUGCAAAUAGUUUGUAUACUAUUCACUCUGUUGAAUGGUAAAUGUAUUUUUAUUAGUAGCUUAGAAAAAAUUGUUCACUGGAUCUACUUGCUAUCUUAAUAAGUUCUUUUUUAGAGAAAACUGCCUGAGGCCUUUUAAAAUAUUUCUCAUUCCAGACUAUUAUUUCCGUGCACCCCUUCUCACUUUGUUCAGGUCAGAUUAAGUCUCAAAUUUGUCUAAUGCUUCAGAGCAACACCAAUGCUUGUGUGCCAAACACUUCCAUACUUCCACACUUAAGAGGCUGAGCCCUUCUUAGUCCUCAGAGUAGAACAAGUGGUAUAUGGGCCUGAUUCAGGCUCUCUGCAGUGGUGGUCUCAGUUAUUAAAGAAAGAUUAGUAGGCAUGGUAUCUAAACACAUUCGUAUUAGACUCCAUAGACUCAUGUGGACUCUGCAGCUCCAUUUUUUCCUUACAGUACAAAAAACCAGUUACAAAAGUAUAAAUUAGAAAAUGAUAUCUAGACAACGUAAUGACAACAAGUUAUUACUUGUUCUGGUUUUUUUAGUCAGUGUCUGUCAGUGUCUUUUAGAUCUUGUGUGAGCAUCAACACUCAUUUACUGGUGCAGUGACUGUGCCUUAUGACUGUGGACCAUAGAAAACAUAGAUAGGAAAACAUAAUUCUAGCUGCUCUUUUAUGGCUUUCUGUCCCAGCUCUCUUUUUGCAGUUUACCUCUAGUCCCAGAGGUUUCUUCCUUGCCUGUGAGUCUGUAUCCUUGUUUGAGCAGAUGGCGUGGGAAGCUUCUGAACAUCCCUUGCCUGGUUUGUGUGAGCUUUGCUGUCCCUGGUGUGAAAUCACAGUUCUUCUCAUCUGAGGCACCUACUCACAGGCUAACUGACACAAUCUCAUGAAAGCAAGUCUCUCCAUGUUUACUUCUUUGACACGUACCCCAAAAUCAGACAUCUAAAUUAUUGUAGAUAAAUAUUCUGUAUGCUGUAUAGUUUAUUUGCCAUUUUUUCUAUUGUAUCUGCAUGACCGUAUUAGUUUUAGUGAAUUCUGAAACUAGAGUAAUUGUUUAUAUCCCCCUAUAAAAUAUUAUUUCUUCUUCACUGCACUGUCCUACUGUCCUAGAGUGCCUUGGUUCUGGAUAUAGGAUCCAGUCAUGUCUAAUGUGACAACUAAUGUGCUUUGAAGGCAAGCAAAAAUCAGUGAAUUUAAGUUUAGGGUGUUUCUGUGCGAUAAUUAAAGAGGUCUUUGUUCUCCCUUCAGUUAUGUGGGUGUCCCAGUAUUUGCAGAGAAAACCUCUGAAGAGAACUGCAUGGAUUACUAUGGCUUCUAUCAUGAUAUAAUUUGCUCAGCAAAAGUAUGUGCUUUUAACCUUACCCAUGUGAGUAAUCCCAUCAUCAUUCAGAGGAGCACUUGAAUACAUACUGUGAUGACUAAAGAUAGGAUUACUCAUAUGCUGUGGCUUUCUGUUUUGCUCAGGAACAGACCCAGUAUUCUUCCACUGCUUUCAGAUCCCCCUCUCCCAGUUUCCAGAGCAGAACAACUGCCAUUAUCUUCAGGAUCUGUUGCCAAACCCCGAGUGCCCCACCUUAAACAAGUACUUAACCAUACUAAGGGAGAAAAGGGCAGUCGUUCUAACGGGCAGUUAAACUGAUUCAGUCUGACUUUGCAGCCACUGUCCCCUUCACAAAGCUCUAAAUAAUUGUGUUAUUUUGGGGUUCGUUCACACGAUACUCUCUCUUUUUUUCAUAUGUAGUCCUAUCUUAUCUGCUUUCAUUGCAUGGGACAGUACAGUAUGUUUUAACAAGGUACUAAAGAACAAUUUUAAAUUAAUUUUUCUGCUUUCUUAUCUGCAGAAUAACUGACUUGGACAUUACUCUGCUUUAAAUAGUCAAUGCAUUUUAUGUUUUCCAUUGACUUGAGGGAUUCAGGACCAGGUCAUCUUUAAUUGGUGUAUGUAAGGUAGGGAAAAUAAGAAAAAAGGAAAGACUUAAAUGCACAAUGAUAGUGAGCAAUCCUUGCGGGCUACAGUUUUAAUCUGUACUCUGAAACACAAUGCAGCCUGAUGGCUUUUAACACUUAAAGCUAGUUCUUCCUGUCUCUGAUGUCAGUUUGUACUUGGUCUUUAAUUCAAAUGAGAUUUGAAUUUCCCUGAACCAAUUAUACUUUUUUUUUUUUUCCUGCUGGAAAUGAAAUGUGAAUUGAUCAACAGGUAUAGCUUUGGGGAUUUUAUGCAUGAGUAGCUCUGAGGAUGCUCUGGGGCUUCCUGUCCUUUCAGCUGAAGAAGCACAUUAUUGUAAAAAAAGGAAAUAGCAUUUCUGAAUUUCUAUCAGUAGAAUUUCUGCUUGUUUCCAUUUCCAUGUGGAGGAAAAUAUGUUUAACACUAGUUGUAUGUAAUAAAUGUAGCAUAGAUGGGAUGAGUUGUUUUCUUCCUCUUCAAUAUCAUAGAUAAUCUAAAUCCUCUUGAAAGAGAGGACGGAGUUUGAGAAAAAGAGCUUCUAAGUUCCUUUGGGGCAUGUUUUCCUCUCAUUGCUAAUAAAAACAAUUCCUUUUCAUAGUUUUUAUCUGAGUCCUUCAGUUCUUUUAAGUUUAUAUUUGUCAUUUCCAUCUUAGAGCAAAUUUAUCGUGCUGAGCAAUGGCUCUGGAGAUAUGUGAUGGUUUUCUGAGUUUUGGAUUAGAAUUCUUAUAAUUGCUGCUGGUCAUUGUUUCACAAUGAUAAUUUGUUCUGUCCUAAAAUUGAUAUAGUAUUUUAUUGAACAGUCACACAGUUUGUAAGGGACAUCCUUUCUGGGGUGAGUGAAGGAAUUUUCAUUAGUUCAAUAAUAACAACUAAAGAAAAUAAGUAAAUGUGUUUGAUAUUUUUAAUCUGUAUUUUCAAAAGUUUGUGAAGAGAUGCAUUUUCUACUUUUAUAGCUCACUUCAGUUUAUGGAAGUUUCUGCCACUUAGAAAACACUGUAGACAAAAAAGCUGUGCAAGCAAUAUACACUCUGUGUCAAAUGCUCUGGGCUGUGCCCUGAGUGAGUGAGGGAGAGAAUCCUGCCUUCAGGAUUCCAUCAGAGAAGUUCUGUAUGACAGCUCUGUGGAAAUAUAAGAUGGUGUGACGCCUCUGCUCUGGGUGAAAAGGGGGUGGAGGGCUUGCUGGCAUUCUCCUGUGUCUUUCACAGUUUAUUUUUACCAGCUCCUUACGUGCAGUCACGUAGGAAGCCUCCAUAGCAUGGGGCUCAGCAACAUGCAAGUUCUUUGUGUGUGCCUUUCACAAGAGCUCACAAAAUGCAAGGUCAUUUGAACUGUGGGGGCAUGAUGCCAGAAUGGUGUUUGUGACUGCUAAAAGGAGGGUGUGGAUCCAUCUUGUACACUUGUCUGUGUAUCUGAAAGAUGCCUGCCUGAAUCCCACAACAGAAUUGCAGGGAACAAAUUAAACUCCAAGAUUAAAAUGGUGAGUAAAGACAAAAGAACAAGUUUAUGCAAUCAAAAGAGAAAAACAACCCAGUAACUCAGUGACUUCAGUCAAGUCAUAUCUGCAUUGCUUUCAUCUCUCAUGAAGAAAAGUUAUAGCACAGCAGUGUAUUCACAACCUAACCAUUUUGUAUGUGAUUGUGAGCCAGGUGCAUUUUGGAAACGUGGGGAAAGUACGUGUUCUUGGGAAAGAGUUUAUUUGCCCAGAAUAUGUGGCUUUAAUACAAUAUAUGUGAAUAACAAUUUUUUAACAUGCAUGUAACUGCAGAUGAUAAAUACAAGAAUAAAGCUAAUCACGUUAUUUAAUCUCUACCCUUUUAUGUAAUGUAAUGAACUCCUAAUGCUCAGCAGCUCUUUUUGGUGCAUGCUUCUUGCAGGAGCUGGGCUGCUGCUCUGGCAUUUCCUGCAGAUCCCUCCUGCAGUAAAACACACGUGAUAUCUGUUUCCUGUUUUCAUAUGCAAAUGUAAACUGAUAUUUGUAUAACAACUCAUUAUGUGGUUACUUGUUUAUGCAUUUCAGUUGCAGGAAGAAUAUGAUUCUUUUCUCUCAAUAUUUGUAUAAGCUGGCUGGAGCAGCAGUCCCUAGGACAAAUUUAGUAGUGACAAAAAUAACUAUGGGUAUCAAAAAAUGGGUAGGAAUUGAUCAAAAAAGAGAGUAGGUGACUACAGGGGUGACAGAACAAUGCAACUCAUAUCCACUUGGCGUUUUGUGGAUGUGAAAACUACGUGUAACUUCUUGCAGGAAUUGAAGUUCACAGAUGGCAUAAGGAAAAUGAGAAUUGCAGCUGUCUAUAGCCCUAUUCCUUUUUAUUUGUCCUUUGGUCCUUCUCAGGAACCUACUUAUUUUCCACUUCUCUUAACUUUUGAAUUAGAGCAAGUUGUGCCAUGCAUACUUUGUUAAUCUUGUUUAUUCUGAUCAAGUUACACCCGACACUUGGCUUCAUCAUUCUUGUUUUUAAUGGCUUUAUAUGUCCUUGGUAGGUAGUUUAGAUUCUUCCCUGAAGGUAACUGGAGUGAGUAGUUUUGUUAGGAGAAAUGUUAUGCAGGAGAUGAUGAAAAACAGAGAACUCAACAAGAGCCUGUUAAAAUACUGUUUUUUUUACUAAUGGUAAGAAAUCUGAAUCACCUCUGAUACUGAUUUCAAGAGCACUGAGUUCAACGAAGCUGAGAAAAAUCAAGCCUACAAAGCUGAUAUCUCAAAUGGGAAAAUAUUGUUUUCUUAAGGUGUCUGACAUAUUAAUAUGAUUGCAAAGAGAUUUGGACACAAAAACAGCUCUUUCAAAGAAACGAUUAGCCUAGGUUUAUGAACAAUGAGAAGUAAUGGCGAAUUGCUUCCCCAUCUAGUGACAGAUUAACUCCUCUCCUCCGGCAUGCCUGUCUGACACAGGCUUGGAUACCACUUGGGUGCUUGUUGUGGGGGAGAAAGGACCCAGCCAUGAGCCUGGAUCAUGGGCCUCUAGCUAUUCAUGUUGCCUUCUAAUGUUUCACUUGGGGAGAAAGAUUACUUGUACUGGAUGGAAAAAAAAGAGCACGACAGGGCAGUUCUUACAAACCUCUCCAUGGUUUCAUUGCCACUGAUGAGAAAGAAAAGCAGUUUUCACUGUGGCGGUCAUGAAUGUAGCAAAAAGAAUGUUAGUACUUUCACAAAGCUUUUUGAUACGGAAAUCAGUAUUGCCAGUACCUCUCUGAUAUUACGAGAUUUCUUCCCUGUC